AUGUUCAAUCAAAAAAUGUUCUUACAAGACGAUUCGCUCUUCAACUAUGCACUCCUCACUCUCUUCCUCAUAGCACCACCAACCUUCGUCUCUCUCGCAUUCCUCCAAGCCCCAUACGGCAAACACCACAGACCAGGUUGGGGUCCAAAUCUCUCUCCACCUCUCGCAUGGUUUCUCAUGGAAAGUCCCACACUUUGGUUCACCCUUUAUCUUUUCCCAUUCGGUAAAAACUCUUCAAACCCUAAAUCAAUUAUCCUCAUCAUCCCUUUUCUAAUUCAUUACUUCAACCGCACAAUUAUCUACCCAGUUCGCUUGUUCAUCACAAUGAAAACGAAAAAGAACUCAACUUUAUCGAAAACCCCGUCUGGGUUUCCUUUUAGUAUAGCCCUUUUGGCUUUUGUGUUCAAUUUGUUGAAUUCUUAUGUUCAAGCUAGAUGGGUUUCUCACUACAAGAGUUAUGAUGAUGAAUUGUUUUUUUGGGUUGUGUUUUUUUGUGGGGUUUUGGUGUUUUUUCUUGGGAUGGGGAUUAAUGUUUUGUCUGAUAAGGAACUGUUGAGUCUUAAAGGGGAAGGGAAAGGGUAUGUGGUUCCUAAAGGAGGGUUUUUUGAGGUUGUGAGUUGUCCUAAUUACUUUGGGGAGAUUGUGGAGUGGUUUGGUUGGGCUUUGAUGACUUGGUCUUGGGCUGGCCUGGGCUUUUUUGUUUACACUUUUGCUAACUUGGGGCCUAGAGCACGUGCUAAUCAUCAGUGGUAUUUGGAGAAAUUUGGAGAGGAUUAUCCAAAGAAAAGGAAAGCUGUUAUUCCUUACUUGUAUUGA